GCAGGCGCAAGCAGGAGCUUGGACUGAAAGCGGAGAUGGCAUUUGAGGCGGGUAUCCAGAACUGCCCCGGGGCCGGCUUGUUCCUGGAGCGAACAAAGCCUAGGGAGCUGAUUGCCUUAGUUUGUGGCCAUUCGCUUUUGUUUGGGUCUAAUGGUCUUAUUGUCUAAGGGUGGCUGCAGUUUCCCCCGUGUCUGGCAGGUAGUGUCUCUAGCAGGUUAAUUUUCCUGCACGGAGACAAAUACUUUGAGGUGGUAUGAGCCUGUCGUCACUCAGGUGUGUGCUCUGCCCCAGCCCCUUAGCUCUGCUUGGGUGUAGUACUUCAUCGAUCUGCUCCUACUGAUUGUAACGGGCAAUCUCUUGCUAGGUCAGUGGAGCCUUUUUUUUUUUUCCUUUUUUUGUGGGGGUGGCCUGAUCUGAAUAUACAGCCCCCUGCUGUCCUUGCUGUUUUAUAACGACCUUUUCAUUGUUCUGCGCCUAUCUGGGUCUGCCUGCUCCAUCGAGGGUGACCUUUUUCUUUUAAAAAAGUCUAAUCUAUGGUACAUCUCCAGCCCACUUCGUUUGUUUUAUCGGGGCCCUGCCUUGACUCUUCCUUCUGGUUGGACGUGAGGAAACAAUCUCCUGUUGGGUAAAAUAUACCUUGAUAUUGCACUGUUCUUAUGUGAAUGGGCCACACCCUUUUUUCCUUAAAAGGCCUCUGCACUAGGCUGCCAUGUGCUGCUCUGUCUCUGGCAGGCUGAGGGGGGCGGUGGGCAUAGGGUUGUAAUCCACCAAUUUCCCAAGUGCAGACUGGGAUGCCGGGGGGGAGAACGGGGGGCAGAGGCGCUGCUGCCACCAAGCGCUUUGAGGCCAGCGAAGAGGCAACUCAGAGAGAGGAGGAGCAGGAAGAUGAUGGUGAUGAAGAUCUGCGAGACGGUGGAGUUCCUUUCUUUGUGAACCGAGGAGGGCUACCCAUUGAUGAGCCCACCUGGGAGAGAAUGUGGAGACACGUGGCCAAGAUCCACCCUGAGGGAGAAACGGUGGCUCAAAGGAUUCGAGGAGCCACAGACCUACCCAAGAUUCCCAUACCAAGUGUGCCUGCGCUCCAGCCGUCCACCCCCAUUCCUGAGCGCCUGGAAGCCAUACAGCGCUACAUCAAGGAGCUUCAGUACAAUCAUACUGGGACGCAGUUCUUUGAAAUUAAGAAGAGCAGACCUCUGACCGGGCUAAUGGACCUGGCCAAAGAAAUGACCAAAGAGGCCCUGCCAAUCAAAUGCCUGGAAGCUGUGAUCCUGGGAAUUUACCUCACCAACAACAUGCCCACACUGGAGCGUUUCCCCAUCAGCUUCAAAACUCACUUCUCAGGGAACUACUUCCGCCACAUUGUGCUGGGGGUGAACUUUGGGGGCCGCUAUGGGGCACUGGGCAUCAGCCGGCGGGAGGAGCUCAUGUACAAGGCGCCCACCUUCCGCACACUGAGUGAGCUGAUCUUCAACUACGAGGAGGCAUACCACCGCUGCUGGCAUGUCCUCAAAAAGGUGAAGCUGGGCCAUUGUGUGUCCCAUGACCCACACAGUGUGGAGCAGAUUGAGUGGAAGCACUCCAUUUUGGACGUGGAAAAGCUGGGCCGUGAGGACUUCCGCAAGGAGCUCGAGAGACAUGCCCGGGACAUGAGGCUAAAGAUCGGCAAAGGAACAGGGCCACCAUCUCCCACGAAGGAUAGGAAGAAAGAUGUGUCCUCCCCACAGCGGGGCCAGUCCAGUCCACACCGCCACAACAGCCGUGGGGAGAGGCGGCUGUCUGGUGAGAAGAAGCCUGCCGAAUCCAAAGCCAUGCCAGACCUCAAUGGUUAUCAAAUCCGGGUGUGAAGAGAGGCACACCUUGUGUGCCUGGCUCCAUCGACUCCUCGCUGGCCAUACUUGAAACCAGGAUCACCUGUAGCAAGCUCAACAUGGGGAAGGGGAAGUGGGAGUGGAGGGCUGGUCUUCCAAGGUACUUCUAUCAGGCCUAUCCCUGAGCUGUAUCCUGGGGGUCAGAUGAGUCACCUGCCUGACUUGGGAAGAACACUUUUUAAUUCAACAAAACAAGUUUAUAAGAGAACAGAUCUGCCAGUUGAUGAGAAGGUGCUGCAGGAUGCUUGGGAAGGCUCUUACUGUGACAUGGUGAGGGGUGGAGUGAGUGAGGCCAAGCAGAGCUCAGGCUUUGCAUGGAAUCCUUUGGACUGACAAAGACGACAGGUGGGGCAUUUUAUCCACAGUGCCUCUUCCUCUUCUAUGCUGAAGGUCUCAAGCUAGCACAAAGCCCCUGGGCUUGAAGGAGGGGAAGGUAUUGGAAUGGAAAGGCCCCUGCCUCUGGUAAAGGAAGGAUUUCUGGUUUUGUAACUUCUGUGUAUUUUGCUACUGUCCCUCUUGUUGGGGAGGGAGUGAAAUACACGAUCACCUUCCCCAUCCCCUGUGCCUGCAGGGAAGAGGAAUAAGCCCUGGAAUAAUUUAAUAUUUGCAUCACUAAUGAAAAUGCAACCUGUCAGUGGUGUUGAGAGCCUCAUAUGCAGUGAAUCCACCACUCUAACAUUCCGUCUAGUCUGCAAUGUAUCCCCCUAUGGCUCAUUGACUCUAUGGGGGAUGAGUGUGUCUCCUUUCCUGUGAGGUGCUGUGGAUACUUCCCUUCAUGGCAGGCUGUUCAGGAAAUGCCCAUGCUGUUGUAAUGUGGAAAUGAGCUGCUGGACAGCUCUAUCUGUGGGGAUGGGUACUUAACCAGUAGGAUGGUUGGAAACUAUCUCCCCCACUCCCUUCUCAGUGGUGGUAACUGGAAGCUGCAGAGAAAGCUUUGGCCACUGAGGUGCAAACUCCACCAGGAAGCAAGUGACUCUGAUGCACAUGAGUAGCCUUCACAAGCAUCUUUCUCUCCAGAAAGGAAAGAGCUUCAAUUUUUCCUUGCUGGCUUGUAGCAUUAGUCUCAUGGUGGGGCUCUUCAUUCCCAUCCUGGCCACUUGCUUAACCCUGGAAUAUUCAAGGCACCACAUCAAAUUCCCACUUUAGUUCUUGUGCUUAUGAAGCUACUAUUGUGACACCUUGCACUUCCCCCUUACAGAGUCUGGCUUCAUCUCACCCUGUGAGGAAGGGCUACUUUUCCUGGAUGCUCAGAGCCACAGUGGAAUUUUGGGAACCAGCCUUAAAACAGAAGGGUACAGGCUCCAGUGUAGUGCUCUGCUCAAGGGGCCAGUGUGCUGGUGAAUCCUUAAGCAGAAUAAGAUGGUGUUUUGUGGUCAUGUUGCUGUGUUCACCCCCACCCCUUGUCUACAUCCACAGCUGGCCAGUGCCUGCUGGAGUGCCUCUAAAGGUGAGGCAUACUACCUCUAGGAACACACAGGGCACUGCCACAGCAAAUCCUAUGUGGUAUCCCUGAGGAUGCUUUCAGGAAACAUGCUAUUGGGGGUAGGGUGGGGACAUUUUUUCUCAGAUUGAAAUCAGGUGAGGUACUGCACUGUUGCUGUAGGGUAAUAGCUCCCAAUCCUUUCAUGCGCUGGUCUACCACUCCAUGAUCUCUCCUUCCUUUCAUCUUUGGAGGUUUUGGAGCAACCCAUGCUCAGGCUGGGCAAGAGGGGCAGAAAUAAAUGAGAUGUGCUGCCAUAUCGAGUCCGAGCCAGAAGCUCAUGCCCAAGUUAAACCUCGGGUACCAGCCCAAUCAAGAUUGAAAUGUCUGUGGGGAAUCACUGUUCCAGGGUGUCCCGUUUCUCCUAACUGUUCAGUCUGGCUUAUUUUGAUUGCAGUGGUCGGUCUGUCCUAGGAGCAGGGAGCAUAGCUGUGUGCCUAUCCUCUUCAUGUUUGUUCUGACAGUGUACUUAACAACACUGUUAAUGAGUAUCAUUCUCCAGCAAGAGGGGCUGGCCCUUCCACCUGACUAAAGCCUUGGCAGCUCACAAAUUUCCAUUCAAAGGAGAGGCACAGCUAAGCAGUCCACAUGCUGCAUGUAAGAACUGAGGAGCAUUGGCAGAUAUGUGUGUGGGGCCCAAAACUUGGCAUACCAGGGGUGCCGCAGCUCAUGGCAGAAUUGAUUCAGAAAGGAAGGUGGGAAGCAAGGAGUGAGUGGGUCAAGCCUGAGGCAUGUUGACAUAGAUAGGGGAUGGCAAAAUGUUUAACAUUCGGUCCUCUUACACUACAAAAAGUGUCUAAACAUUUAUGAAAUCUGGCUGUAUCCAAAUCAUGUUAAACAUUCUGUAUUCUUUCUUGCCUGAGUGCAUGUUGGAAGCAUGAUUCGGACUAUAACUAUGAUAGAUAACUGGGCUUUCUGGCAUAACAUGGGAGGGCCACAGAUAUUUUGGUAGUGUUGAAUGGGGCCUUACAUCAAGUAAUAUCUUCUGUCAAUUGAAGCAGUAUUAACCCUUAAAGCCCUGCUCCAGAGGGAUGUAACUGACCCCCUUACAGAUGCCUAAUCAUAAUCUUUCACCACCAAUUAGUUAUUCUGUGCUUAUCACUGCAGUUUGUUAGUCCAGGCUCCUUUUUAACUGUCGGUCCUUUCUGCAGCAUGUUGUGUGACAGGAAGAAAGAUUGAAUAGGGAGGUAGCAUAAAUUGCUGCUUACCCAGAAUUAAGUGGGUAAUCCUGAAGAAUUUAACAAAAGUGACAGGUGCCAGUCUCCAGAACAUAAAUGAUUGGAGUAGGAGGACUGGAAUUGGAGCCUCCUACCUCUCUCUGCCCUAACCACUGGUCUACUGAGUCAUUCCCUCUCACUCUGACCUGUAACUGUUUUAACUAUUUAGUCACAGUGGAACAGCUUCGAGAGACGAGGGUGAGGGAGCCCUACAUCAGAACAUCCCCUAGUGCAGAGAUUAGAGCAAUUCCCUGAGAAGGGGAGACCCUGUUCAAAUUGCCCUCCCUGGGAGGAGGUGGAAUUGAACCUGGGUCUCCCACAUCCCAGGUGAGUGCUCUAAUCACAGGGCAGCUCCAGCUCUUGUCAUUUUGUGUGGAGUAUGGCAGGUGCUUAAAUCAUUUCCUCAAGAAAUGCCUUAGGGGCCUAAGCUGUUGACUCCAGGCGGCUGGUUCCCAUUUGUGGAUCACUACGCAGAGCUAGGUACCUAUCUCUGAGAGAGGCUAAUCACACACCUCUAGCUUAAGUGGUUCCCAGCCUAGCAUGUUGGCUCUUGGGGUCCCAGAAUGAAAUCGACUAUUUCUCCCGAUUCAUUGUAUAGGAGCCUAGGUGCCCAACUUGGCUUUGUGUAUCACAGUGGUAUGCCUGUGAUUUUUUUUCUAGGUGCCUAAAAGUUAGGCACUGUGACACUCAGAGUCCCUUCAUGGAUUCCACCCUUGAUUCUCUGUAGAUGGAUAGGAGAAGAAUGAGAGAAUUGUGCAACUGAGAAGUCAGCUGCAUGCUAAUGAUUCUUUUGCAGAAGCAGGGCAAGGGCAAGCUCAGUGAGGCUAAAAGAUCAUCAGUAUAGAAUGGAUGAAACAAAAUGCUUUGUGCCACCCUGUAAUUCUAGCUGUGUGGCUUGUUCAUGCAGAAUGUAACUGAGGCCAGUAGUAUAGAAAAUUAAGUAUACAUUUUAAAAAAUGAGUGGCAGGUAGAUUUGUAAAGGUCUCUUACUCCUCAGCAGCUGGUGCCAGACAUGAAUAUCGUCUUUCAUGGGGUAGCUGCAUGAUUAAAUGCAUUAGGAGGGUUUAAAUUCUGAAGCAUCUGUUGCUGACCACUUUUCAAGACUGAUAAAAGAGUAGAUGUUGCAUUGGUUUGUUCCUAUGCAGAUCCACAAUGCAUUUGACAGCUGUGCUGCUUGUAUCUCAGUAGUAAUUGCCAUCCUUCCUUAUUCCUCUAGUAAGUGAUAGGCGCCAUCAGCAGCUUCAUGCAUGUGGCAAUAGCUGCUAUUCUUAAACUGGGCCAUCAGGGAUAAACCCCCUGGCUGAAGCGAAAGAUAUCUUAUACCAGUUACAAAAAUCCCGUGUUAAAUUCCGCACCCCUAGUCCUCUCCUGGUAACAGUGACAGAAGAGAGAGAAUACUAUCUACACACAUUCCCCAAGGGACUGUUCUGCAGGACAGAGGUGCCUUUAAUGGGUGCAGCAGUGUAACAGUUUGUGGUGGUCUCAUGGAUGGUUCAAGCCACAAAAGCUGGAAUCAUACUGCAGAUCAUAGAGGAUCACAGCAGGAGUCAAGCUCCUCCCUUGGAAAAGGGUGAAUGAACUCAUCAGACUGUGGCUGUAUCUUCCAUAAACCCAUUCAGGGGAGUAACCCUAGUUGAGGACUACCUGAGACCUCUUGCAUUGUUCUUCUGGUGCUCUGCCUGCAUGCUGGAUUUGGAACCACCCCUUCUUAGUGCUCCUGUAUCUCUACUCUGGGGCAGUGCUGGGAGAUUGGAAAUGACCUGAUCAUUUUUCCCCCCCCUCCACUUUUUUGCUCUUGCUCUUUCUCUCUUCACUCUGUAAUUGUGACUAUAGCAAGACAGGAGCCAGUUCAGUAUAAAUCCCAACUUCCCUGCCACCUCAGACUCCACUGUAGCAGAGAGCAGGACAUUGCUGCCUAGGGGCAAAAAGUAUUGGUGCAGUCCAGCCACUGCCAUGAGAAACCCUGGGCAUAUAGCUUAAUAACCUUAAUUCACAAGUUAAGUAGCAAUGCUGUCUUUCUCUCCUCUGCCCAUGCUGCUUGACCUGGUCUGUUUCCCCCAAGAGUAGUAGCCUGACUGCUAGACCCAAAGAUGGGACCGUGUUGUAGCUUAAGGAUGAAGUUGGUCCUUUCACUGUAUCCCAAACCUCUGUAAGAAAGUGAGUUUAAAGCUAUUAGGAAUGAAUGAAGGCAAUGGGCCUGGAUCAAUCAAUAAUCCUUAAUGAUUCCAGAGCAAAACAUGGAACCAUGUGGAGUCCAGGGCAGAAGAGUUUUUCCAGUACUAGCUUGGAGUCCUUUUAAUAAGGUCUUAUAAAAACAUCACCAGUGGGGUUUUUAUUAUGUGUUUAAAUUCCACUUCUUCAGGUUCUCCUCCUUAUAUGUUCCCUAGUCCAUGCAGCUCUGAAACCUGGGAGGAGGAAGUAUCAGAAGGGUAGCCGUGUUAGUCUGGAUCUGUAAAAAGUGAGAGUGUCCUGUAGCACCUUAUAGACUAACAGAUGUAUUGGAGCAUGCGUCUGACGAAGUGGGUAUUCACCCACGAAAGCUCAUGCUCCAAUAUGUCUGUUAGUCUAAAAGGUGCCACAGGACUCUGUCACUUUUGUCGGGGAGGAAGUGCCUCCAUACAUGAGCCAGACCAUACCUGCAUUGUAUAUGUCAGGUGUGACCAAAUUGUGGCUUGUGAGCUGUGUGUGGCUCUUUAACAGUUAAAGUGCAGCUUGUGGAGUCCUCCAUGCCCCCACCCCCAUUCUCCACCUACUAGCUGCCUGCCCUGUGGGGAGGGGAGUCUCAGGGCUUUAGCCCUGCAGGAGGGCGUUGGGGCUCGACGUGCCCCAGCAGGCGACACACUGGGGGGCAGGCUGUCCAUGUCUUGCGGCUCUUGAACUUCUGAAGAUUAUCUUAUGUGGCUUGGAGGGUCAGUAAGUUUUGCCAACCCUGGUAUAUGUGGUCAACCUGGGCUACGGAGAGAGGGCCUUAACUGAAUUCCUGUUAGCAAGACCAUUUUUAAAUAUGAAUGCUAGGUUCAAACACAGCUCUUCCUAACACUUCUGUGGUGCUGGUGUAGACAGGGCCUCUUGUUCCACACCCUUCAACAACUUAAUUCUACACCUGUCUUAAAAUGAAUGAGGCAGUGAGCAGAGACCAAGGGGUUCCUCCCUGGGGUACUCUGGCAUGGUACAAAUGUACCAGGCUGACAGCUGAAAAGUGGGCUCAGGUCUCCAUCAGCAUCUGUGCAAUAGUCUAGGCUUCUGAGACUCCAGUGUUGCUCUGAAACCACUCUGCAGUGGCUUACUGCAUUUCAUGGUAUGCACAGCUGGGGGAUCUGUAAUGCUUUGUAUUUAGGUGUGAUUAUCCUGCCCCUUGUGACACCCAGUUCGUAUGUACUGCACAUCUCUAUAGUGUACUCUAUACUUUGCCACUUAGAGUAGAUGACUCCAGAGCUUUGUCUUGGAUGUAGUUUGUGUUUAGCAGGAGAAGGAGAGGUAAGUUAUUUGCACAGUAGCAGAAAAAGGAGUUAUUUGCUGUGUUGCUGUUACCAGAGCUGUUUUAUGUGAAGAAUGUUGCCAUUGUAUUGCAGCUAAAACCCUGAACCAGACUCUGACCCCAUAAGUCACCUGAAAGGCUGGUUCACAUGUGGUACAUAUAAACUGGAACAUGAGUUUCCCUAAACUAGUCACUUACAAAGGCCAAGAAAUCACGGGGUAGAAAAGAAUCCUACAUUGCUAAGGGGCAGAAGUCUGGACUAGAUAGGAAGUAGUAGGCCUGAUCCAACUGCAGAGGCUCUUGCUACUGAUGUGGGCAGGUUGUUAUUCCUUGUGAUUGAAAUAUCCAGGGGACAGCUGUAAACUGGGCAUGCUCUUUUCCCCAUGUCUGUCUUGUGAGUCUGCUUCGGUGAAACAGCACCAUGUGCUCUAACAGUCUUGCACUGUUGCCCUGUAUCUAAUGUAUAGAAUCUGCAUAGGAGGGAGCCUGUGAUCCAACUCAGGUCAGCAGUUGUUCUUGCUUGGCUCCUGCUCUGCCAAAACAAGGUGGAGUCUGUAUGCAGAUAUUUAUUCAUAUCACCACCACUCACCCUCAGGGUGGUGCCUAGGCACUCACUGUCUGCUCAGGAGCAAACCAGCUUAGGCCAAGAAGGCAACUGAAUCUCUCAUACCUCUGCAGAGCAGAGUUUUCCCUCCAGCCUCCAGGGCAGGGCUGAGAUGGUGCUAGUGGGACUUGCAUAGUCUCUUCCAUGCACAUCAGUAUUUAUCCUGUUUCGGUUUACUCUACGGUGCAACAGAACCAUUUACAUUUUAUCACUGAUACAGCCCAGAACUAACCAAGAAAUGAAGGGUUUCUUUCUUUAUGGACUGUUUCAUGUCUUUUUUUUUUUGUAAUUAACCAGUUGUGUCUGUUUUUCUAUAGUUAACACAGAACCUGUAUCUAGAUUUAGUUCUAACUGCACCUGUGUAUCAUAUCAGUAUUUCCUCUUUUCACAUUAGAAAAUAAAGUUCUUGUCUGCACAGCCCUUGCCUUGUGCAGAGAACAAAAUGAAAA